GUCAGCAAGCAAGCGGAGAUGAGCCGGAGAGCCAAGCAGCAGCCGGCGGCGGCGGCGGGUAGCCGCCGGACUAAGCGUGCCGAGCUGCCACGCCCACCGGCGGCCGGCCUCGCCGAGAGCCCCCAGAUCGUGUCCAACCCCAUCUUUCGCUGCGAGGCCGGGCCGAGCCAGCCCAACAACAGAGCAUCGGGCGACCAGCUGCGCUGCGUCUACGGCCCGGGCUCGCUCUACGCGCUCGUGCACGACCCGGCCGCCUCCGCGGGCGCAGGGAGCGGGAGCGGCAAGUCUUUGCAGCCCCUGCCGCUGCCCCCGUGCAGGGCCCACCUGUCGGGGCGCGUGGGGCCCGCCGGGCAUGCUGUAGUGGGCGGCCCACAUGGCAGGGUACUAAGGAGGGCGCCCCACCAUGACCCGUUCCUGGCCGCCUACGUGGCGUGCAGCAAGAGCGCCGGCGGUGAUGAAGCGGUGGAUCGCCCGCCGCACAAGCAGAAGAAAGGGAGGAAGAAGACGACGAAGAAGAAGAAGGCGGCGACGGGGAAGAAAUGCAAGGAAGGCGAGGUGAUCUUUCGGGGGUGUGGGAUCUGGAGCGGGUGGGCGGCGGGCGCCAAUAAGUACGCCGGCGGGAUGUCGUGCAGGUACGGCUGCGCCGUCGCCGGGCAGAAGGGAGACGCUACUGCGACCAAGACCAAGUCCGAGGACGACGCGCCGGCGGGGCCGACGCUCGACCUGACGUGGACGCCGGCGGUGCUCUCGGCGAGGGCGCUGGAGCGGAGGGAGCAGCGCUGAGUGUAUUUUAUGUCACUGUGUGAUGGUACGUGUCAGUGCAUAAGUAGGACGUACAUGCUGCGAUGGUGUCAAUAUCAAGCCAAGCUACUCCUUUUCUUUAUAUUUAUGCAGUGUUAUUUGUAUAUACAGUUGUACACAUGAAGUGCAGUUAUGCAGUGACCGAUGUCUCAUGUCUA